AUGAUGCAAGACGUCCUGCCCAAUCUGCCAGAAGUGUCUAUGGAUAACAGUUAUCUACCUGAUAUACUUGCAACACAAUCCAAAGCCAGUAUACCACUUCCACAUAUUGAGCAGGAUGACACUUUGCAAAAGCACUAUGCCCGUGUCCAAAAAACUCUGUUUGAUUCAGUCGAUAAGCGAGUCUUGGAAAUUGAAUCUGAGCUACGGGAAACUCGACUUAAUCUAAAACAUACAAAUGAGGAUAAGAUUAACAUGGGUCAGGCAUUAUAUUUGGCCAAGUCUGAAGUCACUAAAUUCAACUCGGCUCUAGCGUCAACGCGAUUAGCACUGCAUCAAGCACAGAAUGAACAGAAAACCAUUUCAAAACUUCAAUCCGUGACAGAAACGGAUAUUCAAAAUGUAGCAAAAACAAACAAGCUGCUACAAAGGGAAUUAGAAAAUACAAAGAGUGAAUUGGAACAAAGUACGACAAAAAUUCAUCAGCUACAAGAAAUCAAUGCUAAUUACACAUCGGAUAUCAAGAUCCAACGACGUAUCCAAAACAAACUUAAAAAAGAGUUUGAAUUCUCGGAACUAAAAAGAAAACAAGCAGAAGAGAUUGUGGAAAAUGAAAAGCGGCUUCUUGAGCAGGCUGCUCUUAAGCAACAAGAGCUUGCAUCUACUAUAGAUGUUCAAAAAUCAGAAGCUCUUGUGGCCCAAAAGGCGAUUGAUGGCAUGCAUAGAGAAAUCAACAUCUUAACCAGCACAAAGGAGGCUACUGAGAAACAGUGGUCCGAAGCCAUUACAGCCAUGUCAAAACGUGACACGGCUUUUCAGGCCAUAAAUGAAUCCAAGCAAACUCUCUCGUCGCAAUACCUUGAAGCGCAAAACACAAUCCGUGUACUUAAACUAGAACGAAACGAAGCUUUGCAGAAACUAUCAGAAAAAAAAACAGAAAAAACACUUGAAGAUCUACGAACUCUGCACAAAGGCACCGUUGAGCAACUUAUCCAAACGCGAAAUGAGUUGGUACAGAUUGAGAGUGCUGAAACCGCAUUCAAAAAUGAGGAUCAAUCUGCCGAAGUGGAUAAAAAAACCACUGUGAUUUCCAAUUUAAAGUCAAAAAUAUCACAACUGAAGAGUGAUUUUGACGAAAAGAUGCGACUGCAUGUUCCUGUGAAUCAAGCCUUUCAUCGUGAAGAGCAGAUUAAACAACAGGCCUUGUCUGAAAUAAAAAGCAUUACUCGCGAUGAAGAAACAAAAAGUAUAAAUCUUCGACGUCAAAACGCUCAACUUCAGAUGAAAGUCAAUGAUACAUCUGAAAAAAUGCUGCACAUCACUCAAGAGCGCAAUCUUGUAAAAGAACAGUAUGAGGAUAUUAGUGCACAUUAUGCAAAGCUCUACGAAGAAACAAAAUACCUCAUUUACGCUUUGGAACGUCGAGAACAUGAUCUCAAUUUUCUCAAAGGGAAAAUGAAUCAAAAGGAAAUUGGCAAGUAUAAUUUAAUUUUCUGGUUAAACAUGAACUGA